AUGGCUGCAGUCAAUUAUCUGCUAUCUGAAGAUCAGUUUCUGUGCUCCAUCUGUCUGGAUGUGUUCACUGAUCCGGUCACCACAUCAUGUGGACACAACUUCUGCAAAAACUGCAUCACUGAGCACUGGAAAACUACUGACCAAUGCCAGUGUCCCAUAUGUGCAAAGCUUUUCUACCAAAGACCUGAGUUAAGGGUCAACACUUUCAUCUCUGAGAUGGUUGUUCAGUUCAGACAGUCAGCUCAACAGAAAGCCAGCAGCUCAGAGCAACAGGUUGCAAAACCAGGAGAAGUUCCCUGUGACGUCUGCACUGGAACCAAACUGAAGGCCCUGAAGUCCUGCCUGGUGUGUCUGGUCUCCUACUGUGAGACUCACCUGGAGCCUCAUCUGACAACGUCAGGCCUGAAGAGACAUCAGCUGAUCGACCCCGUGGAGAACCUUGAAGGCAUGUUGUGUACGAAGCACGAUAAACCUCUGGAGCUGUUCUGUAAGACCGACCAGACAUGUGUCUGCAUGCUCUGCAGUGUUUUAGACCACAAGAUGCACGAGUUUGUUCCUCUGAAAGAAGAAUAUGAAGAAAGGAAGAUCAAGCUGGAGAAGACAGAGGCUGAGAUUCAGCAGAUUAUCCAGGAAAGACAAUUAAAGAUUAAGAAGAUCAAACGGUCAGUCAACAUCAGCAACAAAAACGCAGACAGAGAGAUCACAGAAGGUAUUCAGGUUUUCGUGACUCUGAUGGAGUCUGCUCAGAGAGGCCUUGAUGAGCUCACUGAGACAAUUGAAGAGAAGCAGAGAACGACACAGAACCGGGCUGACAACUUUAUCAAAGAGAGCGAACAGGAGAUCUCUGAGCUGAAGAAGAAAAGCAUGGAGGUCGAGCAGCUCUCAUCCUCAGAAGACCACCUUCUCCUUCUCCAAAGCUACCCAUCUAUGAAAGCACUUCAUUCCAGCGUGGAUUCGACAGAACUCGAAUUCUUUCUGCGAUCAUAUGAUGGGACUGUAGUGAGAGCUGUGGCUCAGCUGGAGGAGAGCUUGACUGAAGUGAUGGAGAGUCUCCCUGAAGCAGAGCUUAAACGGGUCCAACAGUUUGCAGUGGAUGUAACUCUCGAUCCUGAAACAGCUCAUCCCAGUCUCAUCCUGUCUGGUGAUGAAAAACAAGUAAAUAUUGGUGAACUAAAGAAAAAUCUCCCAGACAACCCAGAGAGAUUUUCUCUCAAUCCCUGUGUUUUGGGAAAGCAGAGUUUCUCUUCUGGCAGAUUCUACUUUGAGGUUCAGGUUAAAGGAAAGACUGGGUGGGAUUUAGGAGUGGCCAGAGAGUCGAUCAACAGGAAGGAAGACAUCCCACUGAGUCCUGAGGAUGGCUACUGGGCUAUAUGGUUGAGGAAAAGAAACAAGUACAAAGCCUUAAAUGACCCCCCAGUUCGCCUCUUUCUUAAUUUGAAACCCAAGACAGUGGGGGUGUUUGUGGAUUAUGAGGAGGGUCUGGUCUCCUUUUAUGAUGUAGAAGCCCCAGCUCUCAUCUGCUCCUUCAUUGACUGCUCCUUCAAUGAAAAACUCUUCCCUUACUUCAAUCCGGGUCUGAAUGAUGGUGGCAAAAACUCUGCCCCUCUGAUCAUCUCUCCUGUCAAGACUCAAGUCUGACAAUAGUUACCGAAUAUUCCACUUGGAUUCCAGUGUGACGACUUGCAAGACGUUGAUGGUCCCAGAGGAGGAAUACUCCUAAUGAGUUUUUAUUUUCAUAACAGGAUGGUACUAAAGGCUUCAAACAAGCAUAUUGGACCAGCGAACAGUGUGAACAAGCUUCUAUCUUGUGACUACACUAGAGUUUGGUGUUUAUGAUGUAUACUGAUGUGUCUCAACUAUCAUAUCUAUUAUAUAAUCUAUUGUUUCGUAUUACUUGGCUGCAAACUAGUGCAACAUACCAAUUUCCAACAUAAUUAAUUGACUUUCGAACAUAAUUAAUUCACUCUCCAACCCUGCUGGACCCACUAUUGUUAAAAAUAUUAAGCAUGUUUUUGUGGCAAAUCUAAAAAACAAACAAAAUACUGUAUAUGUGUGAUUAUUUUGUCAGGGUAGAAAUUGCUUUUUUCUUUCUAGUGUAAAAAAUAUUUAGGGGGAAUUCAUAAAAAAAAUGUCAGAUUGCAUCUUCUCUUUUUAAUUAAUCAACCAGCUUACCUAAACUUUACAAAUGGAGCAAGUGUUUGGUUAAGUUUAAUGUCGCUUAUUCAAUUUCACCAUAAAACUUUUGUCUUUUAUCGGUAUUUGAAGCUUUGGAUUAUCAUUAGUUUAGAAAGGAGCCACAAUACUGUGCAGAUAAACUACCGAUGAUAUCAGGAAGGGGUUGGGUGGUUUAGAAUUUCUUGCUGGUUAUAUGUAACUAUAAUUUCAUUCAUAUUGAUAAAGGUUGCUACUUUGGGUUAGGUUGUUUUUUAUAUAUUAUUUAUAUAUAAUAUGUAAGGAAUAAGAAAAGACACAAAGCUGAG